CCUGUUUUUCCAUAACAAACUUCCCGAUCCGUCCGAUUCUCAUCAAUGAACAGACUCUCAAUUAGCCCGUCGGGUUGAGACCGUGAUUGGGUGGCCCAUUGUCGGGAUGGCAUCGCCCGAGGGUUCAAAACCCACGAGUCGGACGCUGCUCCGCGUCAAACGUCCGCGGAGUGAAGUAGCCUGGCCGGGCAUCGCGCUCGAAAGCGCGCACGCGCCCACCGCCACUGCCACUCCAGCCAAACGCGCGAAAUACGAUUUUGCCCUGCUCACCCGGCAAGAUUCGUCCGCGCUCCACGUGGCUCAUCCGCCCACCCGUAAGGCCAGCGCCGAGGAAAAUGUGCAGCGCAAAGGCGUGGGUUUAACGGCCAGCCAGGUGCGCCAGCAGAUCCGCCACCAUCGGGGCGAGCGGGCGCGGGCCCAUCGUUUAAAGGUGGUGACCGCCUCACGGGAGGCCAGUGCCUUGCACAUCAUUGACCUGGAGCCGGACAAACCGGUGGGUCAGCCGGGAGCUGCCCUAGCUUGCAAUGGGCAGGUGAUGACGCGUCAUGAGGCCGCCACGGAUUUUGUCUACGAUAUCUACGAAGUGAAGGACGCGGAUGUGGAUGAGGCCUUCUUUGAGCACCUGGCGUCCAUGGAAGCCUUUGGCUGGGAUGCCCAUGAUUGGAUGGGCGACUAUCGGGAAGAGGACGAUGAUUUGCUGGCCGACUCGGAAGACUCCAAUGAGGAAGGCCAUUGGCGCAAUGACUACCCCGAUGAGGAGGAGUACGCCGAGCUAGCCUACGAUAGCGAUUUGGCCAUGGGCGGGCUGCAUUUGGGUGAGGCCGGCGAUGCCAGCGAUGAUGCCAGCGACGGCGAGACGUCUGAGGAGGAAUCCGCGCUAGCUUAUAGUCGCCCCAGCAGGCAGCAGCGCGAUGAGGAUCUGCACGGCGCCAGUUAUGCGCGUUACAAGCAACGCGUCAUGCGAGAUUUGCGCGAUUCCGACUCUUCAGAUGAAGUGGAUAUCAAUGAAGUGGAAGAGUUCUGAAAUACAAGACGCCCUGUCUUUUCUUUUAUCAUAUGUUCGUAACCGCAUGAGUUCGAGUUGAGUUUUGAUCCAGACGUUUCUGUUCUCUCUUUGUUCUAGA